AUGGUUGAGGCAGAGGACAAGUUUGCUGCACUUCGAACGAAGAUUUUCACCGAGUCCAUUGAGAGCUCCAACGAGCCAAGGUGGGGCUACUUUGGCAUACCGGGCCCGUUGGCCAUCGGAGACAACUCGUACGCACCAAAGUUGGUCAAAAAGCCAGUGGCAGAAGAUGAAGAGGACGUCACCAGGAACAUCCAAACAGCCCCGACAAAGAAGGGAACGACACCAGAUGUGUACUUCAAGUUCGAGACACCAUUGGGCCUUGGGGAUCCGUAUACAGAUCCCGGAGCUGCCAUGAAGAAGGGGAAGAUCUGGAUGUUGGAUCCAGACGCUGCUUUCAAGCCUCCAGGAACGGUGAAGACUGGUAUCAACAAGCUUGGCUAUGAGUAUGUGGAGCACUGCGACCAAGUCAAAGACCCCAAAGCGAUCAAAGACAAGUAUGCAGAAUGGACUCCUCCUCGCAACAUUUUCGGGGGGACCUCGAAGAGAGGCGGGCCUGGAGUUCUCACCGGAGGAGUACUCUUUGGCUUCGGGGAGCCCGGGGCUUUCCCAGAACAUGUUCCAGAUGACUACGAUGCUGCCAGGAAGCAGCGCAAGAAAGAGCUGGAGGAGCAUCACAGCAAGGUCCAAGAGCAGCCGUUCAAGGGCAUCGACUAUGGUAACCGGUUCUUCCAGAGCAAUGAGGAUGCUUUUGGAGGAUACGACCAGCCCACCCAUGUGCCUCGCGACCCUCCACCUGAUAAAGCUGCGAAGUACCCGCAUGAGUCGCCCUUCCGGCCUACAAACCCAAUGAAAAGAGAUGCCGUGGGAUGUCUCAUGGGUGGCAUCCCAGAGUAUCUCCCCUGUCCGGAAGAGCCUCUGAAACGAAAGCCGAAGGACGAAGAUGCACCACCCGCUUUCAAGGUGGGUGCUCCGCGGCAUGUGGUAAAGCCAACACCAUCUGUCACCACGCUCACCCGCAACAUGCGGAAUGAACGCCCCUCAAGCUUCAUGCGACCGAUGCUGUGA